GAAAACUGAGUUCAACGGAUAAUAAACAUAGCAUUACUGUUCCAGCGGUCCCACCGACCACAAUGGAAAGAGCAAGUCAUGUCAUCAAAGUGCAGUAUUAUGUCAAGGUUGUUAUAGAUAUUCCAAAGUUAAAUGGAGGAGAUGCAACAGUUAUACUUCCCAUUACACUGGGCACCAUUCCACAAGGUCACAAGGCUGUACCGGUAGUACAAGGAGCAAGUAACAUACCUGUGAUAGAUGCGUCGUCCGCCAUCACAUACACCCAGUGCGUCGAUGGAUAUGAGGAUGGCCCUAAAAUCUGGGAAGACAAGUUAUUUCCAAGAUUCACAUACGUGCCUUGGUGUACAUACGUACCCGAUUUCAAACCCCUCGUUACCAGGAAAAAUGUCAGUCCCAAAAACAUCACAAAGCCAGUGAACUCUGGAAAAAGUAAUGUGUCAGGCGAUUCAAAACAAUCUCCAAAUAAGGUAGAAGGAAGUGUAAUCAAACCGGCAAUAAGCAAUCAAAUGCGCGCGCAGCCUACUGCGCCACCUAUCAGUGACAAUCCGCCUACAUACGAUGAAGCAAUGAAAGAUAUGGAGUCGUUUCCAGUUCAAAAACCUCUGAAAGAAAAUUCUGACAGUCAGGAGGAAUGUUUGGCAGGCAGCAAUGAAAGUGAGACAGCAGGCGAACAAGACAAUAAUACCGCGGACCAGUCCGACCAGCAUUGUAUUAUUAUGAUAAUUAGAUUUGCCGAUACUUGCCUCAAACAGUUCAGAUCAACUGUGAAACAAAAUGGCGCCAAACUAACAAAAACUAGCGGGAAAAUCAUUGCAGUUGCACCUCAGGUACUUGUAAUCAAAGGUUCUUGGCCUGCACAAACUUCCAUAGCAGUUUUAUCGUUUGAAACGUUUGAGAGUGGGUCAGAAUGGUUCAAGAGUUUCCAAGAAUCGAAUGGUGCACCUGGUGUAGAUAUAUUUGACUGUGUAAUGUUGAAAGGCUCCGACGAAGAAUUUCAGAACGAGAAAAAUGUGUUCACGCUUUCCUUUAUGAGGCGGAAAGGUGACAUUACCAGCGAGGAGUUCAAGGACGUCACCAAAAAGGUCAGAGAAAUAAUAAAACCUAUUCGGUUUGAACUUGGAGGACGGUUGAUUUGUUCCGGAGCAGUUGAGAAAAACUUGUCGGAACAAACGUUAUCUACGGACAAUAUCGUAGCAUUAUUCCAGUGGGAUUCUAUACGUCAAAAAGAUGACUACACAAGCUUACUGAAAGAGAAGUACAAAAGCAUACUCAUCUCUCUUGCUAAAUUUUAUACGACAGAAACACAGACAAUUUUCCAAACAGAGAACACUUCCUACAUGGUGGAGGACACUAGUUAGACAACAACUUAAUUUUCGAUCAUGAAACAUGUGCAAAUAAUAAUCAUUGAUAAAGUGACAGAGAUAUAGUAUAGCGAUUCAUGUUUAAUUUGCCGAUCCUAUUCUGUUGUUCAUUUCACAUGAACUCCGAAAACAUAUUUCAUUGUUUAUUGUUACAUAUUAUUUUCUUUCCAUUUGUAAACAAUGUUAUAUUAUAAUUUGCACACACGUUCUUGCAUUUAACAUUAAAAUCAGCUUCCCGGCCAUUCUGUUCACCAGACGAAACAACUGCGACGUCAUCUAAGGAACGUUUUCCUAGACUACACGCGGACGUCGACAAAACUGCGGCCCUUUAUCGCUAAGAAGUGUUGUCAUACUUUGGCGCCUUUCCAAAAUGAAAGUAAUAAUUUUCAAUGGAAAAGAAUAGGGCUAAUCUGAAAUAUUUUGACUUAUUGUCAAACAUAGAACUAUCAUGAGUACAGUAGAAUCAAGGAAAAACAAAAGGUUAAUAUAAUCUCUUCUAAUUAGGACAGAUAAAAUGGACAAAAAUUUGCUACGAGAGCAUAUUUUC